AUGCUAAAACAGUUGUCGCUUUGUCUUUCUGGAACUGCAGUGAGAUUAAGUCCCGGAAUCAGGGCAAGAGUUCUUCAACUUGGUGGCAUAAAGAAAGUUUUCAGGGAAUUCCUCGGUGUGGAAGAUGGAGAAAACUUAAUGGGGUCUUGCCAACGUUAUUUUUCGACUUCAGCCGGUCCUAUUGCGGGCCUCCUCUUUUUCUCCACUGAAAAAGUUGCAUUUUGGAGUGAGAGAUCUCUAAAAGUGGAUUCUUCAGGUGGGGAAUCAACCAAGACCCAUUACAAGGUGAAGGUACCGAUAAGUAAGAUUAAGGCAGUUACCGAACAGAAUGCGGAGAGGCCGUCGCAGAAAUACAUAAACAUUGUUACGGUGGAUGAAUUGGAUCUCUGGUUCAUGGGAUUCUUUAAUUACAAGAAAGCUCUAAAGCAUCUUGGGAGGGCGAUUCAUCAGGAAUAGGUGCCUUUGAGUCCGGUCAUUUCUUUUUGGCCGAAACGUUGUAAAUCCGUUUGAGAUGACUGAAGAAGAGAGAACUUCUAGGAGAAACUCGGAAUGA